AAAAAAAGCAACAAGAAAAUACGAUGAAUGCGUGUAUGCGCGUCUCUCUGAACGCUUGCUUAGAGCGAGGACAACAUAGGGCAGGGGAAGUGAAGCAGCUGCGCUGUUUUGAGCGUUCGGGUUACCAAAAAAACACACACGAGGGGUUGUGGUGAGCAUAAAGGUUUUGCAUGUGGUCGUGCAAUGGUUUUUGGGCCGGACCGAACGGACUGACGGAGCAGCGAAUGGGCGAACAAGCGCGCGGUGGUCAAUUAUCUGCGGAUGACAGAACAGUUUCGUGGUUGUGGUCGUGCCUUGCGCGCAUUCCCAAAAAAAAAACGCAGUUCGAUUGGUUCGAUUUCGUUUUCGACCAACCGGUUCAUCAUCCAGUGCUAAAAAGAAGUGAAAACAACGGUGUAUUACAUGGGGCAGAGAACGACUGAAACGGCUGGUCGAUUGCGUACGGGCUACGAGCAAUUAUACGUAUCACAAGGGCUACACUUCUUAUCUCUGUCGCGAGCUGUCAGCACUAUCGCGGUCUAUAUUUGACGCGAGGACAGGGUGGUGAACUAUUUAAGUUCACCUUACUCCCGGGCAUUCGAUUUGAGUCAUUCCAGUGUUUGCGGACAGGUGCGGCGUGCAACCCUUGGCUGCUGUAAGGUUAGAUAGCAUGGAUCCGGCCACGAUCGAGGAGAAGUAUCCCUUCAUCACCAGGGACUACCUGCAGGGCAUACUGCGGCGGGAGCAGUGCGAGAGUGCAAUCACGGUCGAGAGCUUCAAGGUGGUUGCGCCGCUGGCUAAGGGCGAAAACUACUCCAGUGACAUCUUGCGCGUGACGGUAAACUAUACGACCGGUAGCCACAAUCACAGAACACAGACGUACAUCAUAAAGGUGUCGUUCGCACGGGACGAGGAUGCGGAUCUGCUGGAUGCGUACGAUGUGUUCAAGCGGGAGAUUGCCGUCUACGAUGUGGUGAUGCCGAAAGUCGAACAGUUGCUAAGCUCGAUCGGAUACAGCAAGCGGCUGGCACCGGUUGCCCAUGCGAUCCAUGCAACCACGAUCAAACAUUUCGUCUUUGAGGAUUUGUCACUGCAAGGCUACAAGCCGGUGGGACGAGCGGCCGGGCUAAACUUUGGUCAGCUUCAGCUCGUGCUAGAAAAGAUCGCCAAAUUCCACGCUGCUACAGCAGUUCUAUACAGCAUUGAAGAAGACGCGAUGGCAGCUCACCAUUAUCGCAACAUUAGCGAAGAUGUGCCUCACUUUUAUCCGCUGUUCCAGAACAGUGUCGUCGCCUGCGGUGAGCAGGCAUCGAAUUGGCCCACGACCAAGGGCAAAAUAGCGGAAAAGCUGUGUGCGCUUGAAAAAACCAUCAUCGCCAAAGGGUGCCGGGUGUACACGCGCACCGAAACCGACUUCAACGUGCUCAACCAUGGCGAUCUGUGGGUGAACAACGUGAUGCUUAAGACGGAACCGAGCGGCAAGCCGACCGACGCGAUACUAGUUGACUACGCCACCGGGUUCUUUGGCUCACCGGCCAUCGAUCUGAGCUAUCUGCUGUUCACUUCUGCAUCCAACGACGUGACAGUGGAGGACUUUGAUCUGCUGCUGCAGCACUACCACGGCGAGCUGGUGGACACGCUGACCAAGCUAAAGUACGCCAAGCGGGUACCGACCCUGCUGGACAUACAGGUGGAGAUGUUGCGCAAGGGCCACAAUGGGGUGAUGUUUUCCACCUUUCUCAUACCGCUGCGCCUGCUGGAGGAUACGGCCAAUGCGGACCUGGGCGGUCUGUUGGGUCGCACGGAGGAAGCGAUCGCGUUUCGGAAGCGGCUCUUCUCUCAUCCCAAGUACCAGGAUCGCAUGGAGUAUCUGUUAAACUUUUACGAUCGGAAAGGUUAUCUGGACUGAAGAUGAUCGCGAUUGGGCUGAAUAAAUGUGCCAGCGAUUGUAA